AUGACCUCAUCGCCGACCCGGCGCAUUCGCCUUGUGCGACUCGCCCACGUAUACUACUCACACCGCGAUAUAGCGAAAGCUCACCAGUUUCUCAAAGACUUUGGCUUUGAGCAGACGGUCAACCUUGGUAGCAAAACCUAUUAUCGAGGAACUGGCAGUGAGCCUUUUGUCUACUGCGCGGUCGAAGGCCCCGAGGAUUCCUUCGGCGGCGCGGCGUUCGUCGUCGAAAGCUUCGAUGAUCUCACUUAUGCAGCGGAUACACUACCAAAUGCUACAGCAGUCACCAAGAUGGAUACUGAGCAUGGAGGUGGCUAUAGGGUCACAUUCUACGACCCCGUGGACAAGUUUCCGUUCCACCUUGUAUACGGACAGAGGGACGUAGAUCCACUCCCCAAGUCCUUACCAGAGAGGGUGCUCAAUUUUCCAACGAACAAGAAUCGCGCAGGCAAUGAGUUUCAGAGAUUCGAAAAGGGCCCUGCGCCUGUGCACAAGAUGGGCCACUUCGGGAUGGUCGUGACCAACUUUGAAAAGGCUUUUGAUUUCUAUACUUCUAGAUUCAACUUUAAGCCAAGCGAUCUAGUUUACAACGAUAGUGGUAAGGAUAUAACAACCUUCCUACAUCUCGAUCGUGGAAAGGAACUAGUAGACCAUCACUGUUUCUUCUUCUUCGAGGGGCCAAAGAGUCAUGUCCAUCAUUCCUCCUACGAGACACAUGAUUUCGAUACGCAACUUCUCGGACAUCAUUGGCUUCGUGAGAAGGGAUAUGAGAACUGCUGGGGAGUAGGGCGCCAUGUUAUGGGAAGCCAGAUCUUUGACUACUGGUUUGAUACGUCUGGCUUCAUUAUGGAGCAUUACGUUGAUGGUGAUCUGGUUGAUGAUACAUACCCGACAAAUCGACAGAAGGCAUCCCCUGAUAAUCUCCAUGUUUGGGGCCCUGAUGUCCCACCAACUUUCUUGUCCUGA